CAAGUCGCGAGACGCUUAAUUUUCAACGAAAAUUAAGCCUCAGGAAACAUCAGUUUUUUUUUGUCGCAAUUUCGCAGUUUAACUCAGUAAAUAACCAGUAAACCUGUUGAAUUUAUAGAAAAUUAUAAAAAGUUUAGACGGAAGAAACAUGUCAGUCGAUGAGACAUCAUGGAAAAGGCCUUCAGAUAUUAUGAAAAACAGACGCAGAAAGUCUGUGUCACAGAAACGCAUUAAAGUGGACUCGGAUCAAAGAACCAGCAUUAUUUAUAAAUCCCCAUCCAAGUCAGUAAAAAGAAAGAAUCCAUUUUAUAAAGAUAGUCCUCAUCCAUUUGCAACGAAACGUGUGUGUACAGAAAAUGUGGAAGGAGUCUCAGACCCACUCAGUUGUCAACUUUUUACCAUGUUGGAUUCUGCCAAUAAUCCUGAGGAUGAGCCCACUACAAGCCAUAUUGAUGAAAAAGGCCCAGACAAGGUCACACCAGCGCCGAGUCUGGAUACAAUACCAGAAGAUCCUGUAGCAAAAGAAGCUGUUAAACAGAACAAGGCCACAAUAGAUGUGCAAGAUGAGCCAGAAAUCUUCUCAUAUUUGCCCGUGGACUGGUCGUUAAAGACCAAAGUUCGAGUGGUGUCAAGCCGACCCCUGGACUGGUGUGUCCAGAUUCGAACAGCUGACGAAUCUCAUGGAGUCACUCAGUUUGUUCAAGAUUCUCAAUGCCGGACUGACAGCUUGGCAGAGAGGAAGCAAUCGUUCCAGAGAGGUUGCAUGUACUGGGUUCACCCCAACAUACCCUGGAUGAAGCUGUUCCCAAGGAUUGCUGAUGAGGCCAAGUCAAGUUCAUUUUCAUACCUUCUGCAAGAAGAUGUUCAAAAAGGUCUACAGGUAGACUGGGAGCAAAGCUUCACCUCUGUAUAUCACCAACUUCGGUCUGGACUGUGUCCCUAUUUCUACCUGUGCACACACCAGUUUACAGUGCUGUUUCACAACAGUAGCCAGUCUAAACUUGUGGCAAUGGUAACACCGACAACAAGAGGCUUCAGAGAAUCACUAGAUAAUGAAGGCAUUGAGUUUUCGCUGCCAGUAGGGGCCAAGUCAAAGAGUCCUCAGACAACAAUUGAUGCUGAAUCAGACCAGUUGGCAGGGGAAGACAACACUGCAGAGGAUAAGGAGAACACCUGUGGAGACGAGGACCUCUCUGACACUGAUGAGGCUGCCUCAGGCUGGCUGGAGAGCAUGGGCCUCGACAAGAAACAGUUCCCUUCCCUCGACCCCAAGAAAGUCAAACUUCAGCGUGAGGGUUUCCGGGUGAUUGACAACAGACCAGAAUCCCUAGUGUCCGUAGAGGGCCCCAACGUUCAGGCGCUGUUUAAUUUCCUGUUGAACUGUAGGACCUGCACUGCCUCCAGCGGGAUACAGGCGGGCCUACCACCCACCAUUCUGAGUCCUAAACCCUUUAUAGGGGCCACUCUGAAAUCUCACAGGGUGAAGCACACUGCAGUGAAGCAGAGCGAUGCUGAAGGCAACAUAAUGAAGGCGCACAUAGUGGAGGUGAGUGGACCAAUCUUGCCCUCCCACUGCCAGCACCUCGUGGCCUUGUACCACACAAGUCAGGCUGCAGACUUCGGCAUGGUGUUCAACAAUCAUGAUCUCACCACACCUUUCAAUAUCCUUCCAAGAGUUGUGAAUUUGGGUGCACUUUUGAGUGCAAGAAUAGGCACUGAGGGUUCUAGUCCUGAAGUGAAAGAAGCCAAGGGUGAGAGCCAAGAAACAACCACUGAAGGAUUCCACUCUGAAGAAGAAAAGUGGGUGUGCGGUGGCAAUGAUAUUGGUAAUUCUAGUCCAGCUGGGAAGAAUGAUGUUCUUUGUGCUAAGAUUGAUAAUGUGGAAGGGAAGGCAACAGACCUUCUGAAUGCUUAUGAGAGUGAUUCUCUGUCCUCGAAACUGUUCCGACAUGUGCCGAUAUCUGACAGGGUUACCGCAAUGAAAGAGUUGGUGUGUACGCCGACCGGAUUCUCCUGGAAGUCUUAGUGGCUGUUCAUUUUAUGUUAAUGUUAGUUUUGUUAUUGGUUAAGACUAUAAGAAUAUAUUUUCAUGUGUCAUUACUACAGAAUAUCAUUAUCUUCAUUUUAUGUAAUGCUUUCUGUGGCUCAAAAAAUCAUGUUUAUUUUUAUUUGUCGUUGAUAAAGAAUACAUAUUUCUUUUGUGUAAAGCCCUUUGCUUGAAUUGCUUAAAUAAUUGAUAAGUGCAGGGUAAGUGUUCCAUUGGAUACCAAAUGAACUAAAUAGCCAUUUUAAUUUUUAUAACUCGUUGAUAAAGAUAACAUAAUGUCAUGUUUUUGAAUAUUUUUUAAUGUUUCAUUAAGUGCAAGGUUUACUUGGCUUAAAAUUGUUUGGAAAGUCAUGUUCAUUUUCUCUUUUCAUUUACAAAGAAUGCCGGUUUAUUGGAUGUAGUGAUGUUUUGUCCUAAAUUAUGAUAGCAUAAUUACAGCCAUUGAAGCCAUGUGGAUUGUGUUUAAUCACAUUGUGACUUUUUAACAAUAGUCUACUUCGGGUUAUGGCACAGUUGGUACUGUGUUUUAUCAGAAUUUAUCAUUGUCCAUGACAUAAAAAUGUCUAAUAACUUACUGUUUUGUUAAAUGUUAUGUUGUUAAAAAAUGUUAUUUAUAGUUUAUUUUUCAUUUUUUGUAAGAAGUGUUUUCUGUAAUAAAAUGAAAGAAAUUA